AUGCUUGAUCAAUGUUGCUACAUCCACACCGACCAAGAGUUUGAGAAUGAUCUUCUACUGCCACAGUGCCGCGCAUCCUUGCAAGUCUGCGCUACUUACUCCAAUGCAGGAGGGGACAAAUUCGAGGCACAGGUGCGCCCGCAGCAUACCUUCGCAAACGGCUCCACCUAUACCGGUGAUUGGCUAGGUCUUGUGCGGCACGGAAGUGGCGUGCAGGUAUGGCCAGAUGGAGCCCGCUAUGAGGGACAGUGGCAGCACGACAUGGCCAACGGAAUUGGACGGUUUGAGCAUUGCGAUGGUGAUGUCUAUGAGGGCGAGUGGAAAAAUGACAGGGCGCACGGGCGCGGCAUAUACAUGCAUGCGAGUGGCUCGACCUACGUUGGGGAGUGGCAGGACGACCGGCAGCAUGGCUAUGGGACCGAGACCUGGCCGGACGGCACCAGAUUCACAGGCAUGUACGAGAACGGCUUGAAGUCUGGCCAGGGCUGCUUCAGCUGGGCUGACAAAUCCUCCUACAGUGGCGACUUCAAGGACAACGAGAUCAAUGGACAUGGGAAGUAUGUCUGGGGGGAUGGGCGUGAGUUCGUAGGGUCCUGGAAAGCAAGCUACAUGGAUGGAGCUGGCAGAUUUACCUGGCCGGACGGCAAGACCUUCGAAGGGUUUUACGCAAAGGACGUGAAGGAAGGUGUUGGCCGAUUCUCGUGGCCAGAUGGACGCUCCUUCUUUGGACAGUGGAAGGAUGGGAAGCAACAUGGCCGCGGAAUAUUGAAUCUGCCAUCGGGAGAGGUUGAGGUCGGCCUAUGGGAGAAGGGGCACAGGAAACACUGA